AUGAUGAUAUCCAAUAUAAACAUCUUAACAAGCAGAUAUCAUAUAAUAGUCCAAAUAUGUGUCCUUCUCACCACUCUAUUGCAAUCUGCAAGAACCCAGCUAUGCAGCAAGGGCUAUUAUUAUGAAAACACAGUAGAGUAAUGCAAAAGCUCCGAUCCUUCACAAUGUCUGACAUGCCCACAGGAUAAAAAUGAUUAAGCCUUAGUUUACAGAAAUCUGAAAGACUGGACAUGCGUAGAGUAAUGCCCACUUGACACCUUACCGAUCUCAGUUACUCACCAUGAACUGGAUAGCGGAUUGUUCAGUUACUGCCGAGGCAAAUCAUAUUAUGUUGAUCCUUCCUCAAGUUUGAGCAAUAUAGAACUGGGAACAAUUGAAUACCCGUUCAAGCAGCUAGACGAUCCCUUUAGAGAAAUUUUCAACUAAUUAUCCUGGCUAGGGGAGGAGUUUAUCAUUUAUCUGCGGCAGGGCUCUAAUCUAACCAUCCACUCAGAGCAGAUGCCCCUGGUCCUUGCCAAUUCAAAAGUUACAAUAAGGCCAUAUUAUGUUUAUUAGAAAUAAAGUUAAAUAAUUCAGGAAUUAUAUGCAAAAGUAAUGAUUUCGUCCGGAUCUUACACCAGAAAGCUCAGUAAUUUUAAUCCGACACUAAUAAGGAAUAACUAAUCAGUGCAAGCCUACAACUACUAGAAUGCGAUAACUAGAGGAAUAAUAUCAGCAUAGUUUCAUUAGGUGACUAAAUAUAAAAUAGUCACUUAUAAUUCAGAUCUUAUGAUAAUGGACAUUUAGUUCUCUGAGUUAGGGUACGUAGACUAAAUAGCUAAUUCUCUUGUUUUUGCUUACUAUGCUCCCUAUAGAUGGAUUCAUUUCAAAAACUGCUAAUUCAAUCUAAAGCAAAUGAUAUUUAUGACAACUGAAGGUGCGAACUUCAAAUUGGAGUAAUCUUCUAUAGAUCUUACUAGCAUCAGUAGGCUACUUUCACAUUCAUCAAUUAAUAAUUGCCUACUAUAUGGUCAAGAGAAUGUUUCUAAUAACAUUUUUAUUGAAAAUAAUAACUUCUUUGGGUAAAAUACAGGAAUUGGUUAUCAGCAUCUUAUUUAUAUAUCAAGUCAAAGUAAUAUAACAUUCACCUGA